AUGGCAACCUGGAGCCGUGGACUUAAAGAUUGGGACCCAAUGGGAGAUGACUAUAAUGAUUCUAUGUAUGACCCUCAGUACCCAGAUGAAAACAUAGAUUCUGGUGUUCAGCUUGACCAUAGCAAACUUUAUGUAACAAAUAUACCUCAAACUUUAAGUGAAGAAGGCUUGAAAUUUGCCUUCACAAAAUAUGGAAAUGUCAUCAAAAUACACAUGUCUAGAGAUCCAAAGAAACGAUAUGCUUUCGUUUUUUAUGAAUCACCAAGUGAAGCAAAGCUGGCUUUGAUGAAACUUAACAAAUCUGAACCAUUAAAACUCAAUAUUGCUGUUGCUCAUAAAAAAACAUAUGACCAGCCAGCCAAGGCACGCAGUGCCCAUCCUAGUGCUUCAUAUAGCAACAAUUAUAGAGAUGAGUCAAGCAGUUUAAGCAGCAAAGGAAUCCCAAAUACAGAUUCACACAUUGAAAUGGAAAAUAUGGAAAACACUGAAGAUGAUGAGAGUUUAUCGGGGGUGAUGAACCCUGACCUGAACAUAGAAUUCACCAAGUUGCAAUUGCGUGAGUUGGAGGUUCAACGUCGGGAAAUACAGUUUCAGAAGAAGUUAUUGCUACUCAACUGUGGGAAGAAAGAGACAAAUAUUCAUGCAAAUAGAACUAUCACAGCUGACGGAAAGAUCAUUUUUAAAAAUACCAUUGACAGACCGGAUCCCGCCGUAGACGCAACGUUUUCAGGUGCAGGUGAUUCGAAAGAUGCGUGCUCCUGCCAAACUAAGACGUGGAACGAACAGGCAACGUCAGAAGACAGUUCUACUCCGUCCACUUGUGUUGUCUAUUCCGAAGACAGGAGUGUUCGUGAGCGUAAAGCUAAGUCAGACAUGACUAACUUCGAUAAGUCAGACAUAAGCGAUAAAAUAGUCAAAUCAGUAGAUUUCAUCAAUAAAACCGAUCGGCCCAAAAGUAGAUGUACGGAAAUUAGCAAAGUCAGUAGAAAAUCAGAUUACAGUAGAUUUACAGCGAAGUCUGAUGUGACUAGUAAGAAAGAAGUAUGCAAGAAUGUGGCAAAAAAAAGCGAGAUAUCGUGUGACUUGAAAUUUGACUGUGAUGAUGAAAAUGAAGAUGAGACAAAUAGAAUGAUACAGUUACGCAACGCUGAUUAUAUGGAUAUUGUUGGUGAACACCUUAAGAUUGUUAUAGCGCUAGCUGGCUACCCUAAAUCUAAAAUGCGCUUAAAGCAAAUGGAGAUCUUCCAACGGUCUAUAAACGAUAUUAUGGAUAUGCAAUUAAAACAAGGACUUAUGAAGAAAACCCCAUUAUUCUUAGACUAUUACCUGAAUAGGGGGGCUAUUGUAUGUAUUUGUAAGGAUGUAGAGACUAGAGAUUGGAUGAUAAGAGUUUCACCUGGCUUGCAGGAGCGCAUGUCUAAUAACUUACUGUUACUUAAAGCGAAAGUGAAAAGGUUGUGUGUUGCUGUCAUGAAAAUUCCACAAAACUGUUGGCCUUCCAGUGCGCAGGAUGUCUUUAAACUUUUACAAUAUUUUAACCCUACCCUACUCACCGACCAAUGGAAAAUAUAUGCACAGAAAGUAGUCAACAACGUCGAAUGCACGUCGUUUUUAAUCGAUAGAAUAUCUGGGGAAAUUAUUCGAGGUCCAACAUUCAGAAACAUCAUAGAUUAUUCACAGAUGGACUUUGAAUUAACCGGUUUUACAGAAAUAUAUUAUGAUUGCUUUUUAUCUGACAUGGAAGAGGAUUUACACAGUGUUGCAUCCAGGGUCAAAUUACUUGAAGUUAUACGAUCCACCGAUACCACGCCAAGAAGAGAGAAAUACCAAUCAGAGAAAUCUUUUAAAAGUAUUACGAACGAUUUAAAAGAAGACGAUAAUGAAAUGUCUGCACAAGAAGUUGCAGACGCUAUGUACAACGAAAGAGUUGAUUCUGCUAUUGAUAUGGAAGCAGAAGACGUUGAAUUAAGUGAACCAAAACAGGGCAUAGUAAACGAACAACCAAAAACUAAGGAAAAGAAAUUGAAAGGAAUUGAAGAACCUUGGUGUAUUCAAACGAAUUGUGAAGAGGCACAAUCCAAAUCACAAGAGGCAACUAUUAAUAACUACGAACUAUCAACACCUGCCUUGUCUGAUAAAUCGGAAUCUGUAUUCGCCAGUAGUGACAACUUAGUUCUUAGUAGAAGUAGUAAUUUGAACAUAGAUAGUAAUCGUGGCAUAGCAUAUCAUAGACGCACUAAUUAUUUACACAUAGAAAAUGAAUUGAAAAUAGCAAUAACAUUACAAGGAUACCCUCAAGAAAAGUUGGAAGGAAAUCAUAUAAGAAGGUUCAAGCAUUUGUUAAAGGAGUACAUACACAAAGAUAUGAAAGUACACCGUUUUGAUAACAUGAUCAUUCCCAAGUUCCAAGACGUGUAUUUGUCGAAUGGAGCGGUGAUAUAUGUUUGUGAUAGUUUAGAAACUAAGGAUUAUUUAAGUGAAGUUCUCCCUAAAUUUGUUAACUCUACUGGUCUGAAGCUUAUCUUUAGAGAAGUUCAAAACCUUUUAAGAUACACUAGAUUGGUGAUGCGUUUAUCUAAGGAAUUAGCUCACGUGGAAUCUUUAGAAAUUCUCCGACACCUACAAAGUAGAUAUCCUAAACUGAAACCGGAAUGUUGGAAGUACUACUCGGAUGUAGCAGGAAAACAAAAAAGACAGUUCGGUGUCGACCCCGAAUCUCUGGAGAUCAUAAAAAGUCCCGAUUUUGACCCUACAUACGAAGGAGAAACUCUGGUUUUCAGAAUCAUCGAUAGACAGAAAAAAGAAAAAAUUGAUAAUAUAACAGAACCAGUAACUUGUACAGAAGAUAAAGAAAAGAAAAAAUUGAGGGAAACCAUUACUCAAAACAUGUAUUGCCCUAUUCAUGUUGCGAAUUCUUCUUUAACACGUAUAAGAGCGAAUCAUUAUUCGGAUUUAGUUCCUGAUGAUUUAAAAUUGUAUGUCGGACCAUCUAACUACCCAGAAACGCGAAUCGAUGAAUCUGUAUUUCAAACAAUUAAGCGAAGCUUCGAAGAAAUUUUAGUCAGCAAAGGAGAAGUAGAUUUUGACUUUCCCAAAAUUCACGACAUGUAUCUCUUCGAUGGUGUCAUUUUUAUUAUUUGUAAAAAUCUCUCAUCACGAUAUUGGAUAGUCGAAUCUCUGUCUCAAGUGAAUCGAAAUGGGAAUAUUAAUUUGAAAGCAACUGAGUUCCGUGGUGCAGUUGGCAUUGUUAGUUUAUACCUUGACGCAGGCAAAGAUCCCGACUACGUAGUAUCUACUUUACAAAAACAAAACCCAAGAUUGCGUACUAAAUAUUGGCGUAAAAUUAAUACUGUCAGAACAAAGAGUAAACUGGACAUUGUAUUACAAAUCGACAAACUCUCGGCUCAAGUUAUAAUGAACAAGGGGUUUAAUGGUAAUAUCGAUAAUAACGAAGUAACAUUCAAAUUGGGACAUUUAAAAUCUCUUAUCAAUCGAAAACUUUGUCUCGAUGUUCCAAAAUCGCCUAGCAAUAAAUCAGUUGUUAGCAAAAAAAGUGUUUCGCAAGGCGGCAGCCGAAGCCCAGAAUUACAUGUUGAUCAACCAGAAUUGAACCAACCGAUUGACCGGCUCAAAACUCAGGAAUCUGAAGUGUUUUUUUCCGCCCACGUUGAUAUUAAAUCCGAUUCUGAUAAAUCAAUUUACUCAGUACCAAAAGCUAGUAAACAUAGUUACUGUAAAUUGAAUUUGCGAGUGCCAUCAGCUAUUCUACCGGAUCAUAAGGAUGGCUUAGAAAUGAUUUUCGACUUGUUACAAGAUAAAAACCCUGGUUUAAACACGGAGUUAUGGAAAGUUCAGUCUCGGUACGGUCGGGGUGCUUUCAAACUCAUGAUUGAUAAACAAUCAGCGUCGGUAAUUCAAAGUAAAGAAUUUGAUCCGACUGUAGGUGGGGAGAAACUUAAGUUUUCUCUUUAG